GUGUCGAUCAGUAGUAGGGGCUUAACAUGGACAGCUAAGUAGUAUCUGGUUAAUAUAAUUCAAAGGUUAAAGCUUUUGCGUGUCGCUAUUAAACUCGGAUGUUUUGGAGUACCGAGAGGUACUGGUCAACCAUUUUUUUGAGACCGAGGAGUUGCGUCUCUUGCAAAUAUUGCGCUGUUUGGUUGGUCGUUUGUGUGGCUGUGUUAGCUUGUUAGCUAUCUGACGUUAAACGUCAUUCAGCCAGGUACUACUCUGCUAACGUAGCUUAGCUUGUUCUACAGCUACAGUAGCUAAAAUUGAGCGUGUGUGUGAGUUUAUUUAUGCUACAUAUCAAAGUGUGACUCAACUGUAACCGAAUGUUUGGCGAUAGAAAUAGCAGCAGCUACAGCUAGCAGAUUGUUAGCUUGUCAACAUCAACAACAAUGGUCUAUAAAAGGUGUUCUAAAAAUGCAAGAACGAUAUAUAUUUGGACCAUUCUGCUGAUCGUCUUCGUCAACGAAAUAACAGCUGAUGAAGAGCAGCAUGGGAAUGACGGACCAGAGCUAAAGUCUUACCAUGAUCCGGACACUGAAGAGGAAGACGUCCGUUUGGCGUCUGAAAUCGUGGCCAGUGCCUCUGUGACCUCGGGUCAUGAAGUCUCCCAGCCGGAGGAGGAGAAACAGUCACUGGCGGAGGGACUGGAGGGAGAGGAGAAGGAGGACCUGCCUGAGCAGCCUCCUCCAGUCCAAGAGAAACCUAAAGAGGUUCCUGUGGUGAAUGGAGGCACAGCCCAUGGAGAGCCCUGCAUCUUCCCCUUCCUCUUCCAGGGGAAGGAGUACUCGGACUGUACCACUGAUGGACGGGGGGAUGGACGGCUGUGGUGCGCCACAAUCUAUGACUACGACCAGGAGAAGAAGUGGGGUUUCUGUGAGACGGAGGAGCAGGCACAGCAGAGGCUGCAGGCUGAGGAGGCUGAGGAGCAGUAUCAGACGGUCCUGCGCAUGCUCAAUGCCACCACCAGGAGGACCCAGAGGAAAGAAUUGUACGAAAAGCUGCUGAAAGUAGCAGAGCAAGGCCACCAGAAAGCCAUGGAGAAGGUGGCGUAUGCCAUGCUGUUUGGAGACUACAUGAGCCAGAACGUGACCAAGGCCAAAGACAUGUUUGAGAAGCUUGCCAUUGAGGGUUCGCCUAAAGCUCAGACGGCUCUUGGCUUUCUGUACGCAGCAGGACUUGGAGUUAACUCAAGUCAAGCGAAGGCCCUGGUUUACUACACCUUUGGCGCACUGGGGGGAAACUCGGUUGCUCAUAUGAUCCUGGGAUACAGAUACUGGGGCGGUGUGGGAGUUCCCCAGAGCUGUGAGUCAGCACUGACACAUUACAGACUUGUUGCAAAUCAAGUGGCCAACGAUGUGUCCCUGACCGGGGGCUCGGCGGUGCAGAGGAUCAGGCUGCUGGAUGAGGUGGAGAACCCGGGAUCUACCAGUGGGAUGCUGGAGGAGGACUUGAUCCAGUACUAUCAGUUUCUGGCUGAGAAAGGAGAUGUUCAAGCUCAGGUGGGAUUAGGUCAGCUACACCUGCAUGGAGGACGCGGAGUAGAACAGAAUCAUCAGAGGGCGUAUGAUUACUUCACCCAGGCUGCAAAUGCAGGGAAUACACAUGCUAUGGCUUUCCUCGGCAAGAUGUACUCAGAAGGCAGCGAGUAUCUCCCUCAGAACAACGACACGGCCCUGCAGUACUUUAAGAAGGCCUCUGACUUGGGUAAUCCGGUGGGACAGAGUGGCCUCGGCAUGGCCUACCUAUAUGGGAGAGGUGUCCCAGUGAACUAUGAGCUGGCACUGAAGUACUUCCAGAAGGCAGCGGAGCAGGGCUGGGUGGACGGACAGCUCCAGCUGGGCACCAUGUAUUACAAUGGCAUCGGUGUAAAGCGUGAUUACAAGCAGGCACUCAAAUUCUUCAACCUGGCCUCACAAGCAGGCCACAUCCUGGCCUUCUACAACUUGGCCCAGAUGCAUGCCACUGGUACCGGUGUGAUGCGCUCCUGCCACACCGCUGUGGAGCUGUUCAAGAACGUGUGUGAACGCGGUCGCUGGUCGGAGCGUCUCAUGUCGGCCUACGGCAGCUUUAAGGAGGGCGAGUCUGAUGCGGCGCUGGUCCAGUAUCUGCUGCUGGCUGAGCAGGGCUACGAGGUGGCCCAGAGCAACGUGGCCUUCAUCCUGGACCAGAAAGGAGUGAGGAUCUUCACUGAGAAUGAGACCUACCCUCGCGCUUUGCUCCACUGGACAAGAGCUGCAGCACAAGGUUACACUGUGGCAAGGAUCAAACUCGGGGACUACCACUUCUACGGCUACGGGACAGAUGUGGACUAUGAGACGGCCGUCAUCCACUACCGACUGGCAUCCGAGCAGCAGCACAGCGCCCAGGCCAUGUUUAACCUGGGCUACAUGCAUGAGAAAGGCCUGGGCAUCAAACAGGACAUCCAUCUAGCUAAGCGUUUCUACGACAUGGCCGCUGAAGCCAGUCCCGAUGCCCAGGUUCCAGUUUUCUUGGCCCUGUGCAAGCUGGGCCUGGUUUACACUCUGCAGUACCUGCAGGAUUUUAAUUUAAAGGAGCUGAUUACUCAGGUGGACCUGGACCAGCUCCUCGGCCCGGAGUGGGACCUCUACCUCAUGACCGUCAUCGCCCUGCUGCUCGGCACAGUCGUCGCCUACAGGCAGCGCCAGCACCAAAUCAUGGUUCCCCCUCGACCACCUGUCCCAGCUCCAGCGCCCCCACCCAGACCACCUCAGGAACAGUCGCAAGCCGAGGCCGAGCCCCAGGGUCAGGAAGAAACGCCGGCCCAGGAGGACGAGGACGACGAGGACGACGAGGAGGAGGAGGAGGAGGAGUAGGAGUAGUGAGAGACGGCCAGACGGAGCGAGGGCAGUGAAAGACGGACAGGAGGCUCUACCAGCCCGCCCCGCGGAGCAGCUGGUGCUUACUAGCUGAAUACCUGCCAGUCUGAGCGCCUCUCACUCCACACGCUAAAAGACGACUUAAGACGGCUGCUGAACUGUGCAGUCUGACGACUCCCUUUCUCCAUUUAAAAUGUGCUGGUCCUGUGCUGAAGAGAGACAGUGGGGGGUGUUUAUGGACAAUGCUACAGAUCAGAGCGUUGAGAGCAUAACACAGACUUGGGACCUGCUAGUCUAUGACUCAGGAUACUGCCAGAAGCACCCGUGUCCUCACCGCGGAACAACAAAACAUCCUUUUGGUUUCCCGAUCAAAGGCAGACUAAUCUAAAAUGUGCAUUGGUGUCUUCUUACUUUUCCCUUUAUCACACUCUGCCUCAAUCCUAAUUUAGAAAAAUAACAGGCAGGAACAUGUGAAUUCAAAUUAUUUUAUUUGCUAGUUGGUUUAAAAAAGUCAUGUUUUUGCAUGUUUUCAUCUUUAAUUUUAGGCCCUAUUUUCAAAUAAUUGACUGAACAAAUUUUACAUUAAUUUUUGCAUUAAUUAGUUACUUGUUUGGUUGAUAUGUUGAGUCGGUACUUUUUCAUACCCGCAAUUCACUGAAAGAUUAAUUCACGUUCAUUCAACAUUAGUAACGGUGCUCAAUCUGUCCUCAUUAGUACGAGAACAAGAAACCUGUUGAGCAGUUCACUAUAACCAAUAGAAGAGCUCUACCGGAUAGAUCGCUUAAUCUUGAGCUCACACGUAGAUGUUCUCAACACGGCAGACGCAAAGGAUGAGAAGCUGCUGAAGUCAAAGAGUCGUAAUCAUACAGACGCUUCUUUCACUCUCCGAGCACAGUGAAACAAUCUAAAGAGAGGAACUGAUGUGUGCAGUCCAGUGAAAGGACACAGAACAGAUUCUGAAGAUGUUCUGUACGUUGGUGUGAUAUGUUUCCAUUGACGGGCUUUGG